AAGUGGGCGGGGCCGCCCAGCGGAAAGGCCCGCCGCCAUCUUGGAUCGGCUGUGAGGGAAGAGGAGGGGCGGCGGCGACGAAAGAGGGAAGAAGAAGGAGAAGAAGGAGAGGAGGAGGAGACCUCGCCGCCGCCGCCGCCCGUCGCCUCCCCGCCUUGCGCCCUUCCGCGGCUCCCGCCCGGGACGAAACGCUGCUGUGGCCUCCGCUGCCUCCCCAGCCAAGCUGCCCAGUCACCAGCCCCUCGAGCCCAGUGCCACAAUGGCAACUGCACCUUACAACUAUUCCUACAUCUUUAAAUACAUCAUUAUCGGCGAUAUGGGUGUAGGAAAGUCGUGCUUGCUCCAUCAGUUUACAGAAAAGAAGUUUAUGGCAGAUUGUCCCCAUACAAUUGGAGUCGAGUUUGGUACCAGGAUAAUUGAAGUUAGCGGCCAGAAAAUUAAGCUGCAGAUCUGGGACACGGCGGGACAAGAGAGAUUCAGAGCGGUCACACGGAGCUACUACAGAGGAGCUGCGGGAGCUCUUAUGGUUUAUGAUAUCACUAGAAGAAGUACGUAUAACCAUUUAAGCAGCUGGCUGACGGACGCAAGGAAUCUAACUAACCCAAAUACUGUGAUCAUCCUCAUAGGAAAUAAAGCAGAUCUGGAAGCCCAGAGAGACGUGACAUAUGAGGAAGCCAAACAGUUUGCCGAAGAGAACGGCUUGCUGUUUCUUGAAGCGAGCGCAAAAACAGGCGAGAACGUGGAGGAUGCGUUCCUAGAAGCCGCCAAGAAAAUCUACCAGAAUAUCCAAGACGGGAGCCUGGAUCUGAACGCGGCAGAGUCAGGGGUACAGCACAAGCCUUCAGCUCCACAGGGCGGCCGGCUAACCAGCGAACCCCAGCCCCAAAGAGAAGGCUGCGGCUGCUAGUGACCUCGGUUCCUUGGCUCUAUUUGUGACCUUUCACCUCUGUCAAGAGCAGUGCUUUUUUUGGGGGGGCUGCUUCCGUUUUCCUCUGCACAUCUUACCAGGUUUAAUUAAAACUCCCGAGGCAAAGAGUUUUAACACAGUACUAAACUGCUAAAGAAUAAAAUAAAAAGAGAAAAACUUUAGAUGUAAUCAGGUUAUCAAAGGCAAGUAGAGUCAUACCCCCAUCCCUGCAUGGUAAAUCUAGACGUCUUUAUUCCCCCCCCUCCUCUUCCCCUCCCCAUAAUCGGUUGUCCUUGUGAAUAGAUGUCACCGAUUCAUGAUUUACAAAACAGAGCUCUGAUGCUGGACCUCAUGAUUUUCUCUCUCUCUCUCUCUCUCUCUCUUUCUCCCUGCAGAGCUUUGUCUCUCGUAAAGAUUAACUUUGUUAGCUUCAGCUUUUUCUCCCAAUCUGUAACUGGUCUGUCCUUUUUAGUAACAAAAAAAGAAAAAAGAAAGGAAAAAAAAAAGAUUUGCUAUGAAACUAUUUCCAAGGAUAGAACGGGAUCCUGCGUAGAUUGCUUUCAUUGGGAAAUGUGGUGGUGGCUGGGAAUUUUUUUUGGGGGGGGAGGGGGGAAGAGGAGGGAGAGGACGACACAUAUCGCUGGGCCCCCUCCGUCUUGGCCUAGGACAUGGUGCGGAUCUCAAACCCCAUGUCUUGAGGCCGCUGACACCGCUCCUCCCUAUUUUUACCCAUACGGGCCCUUAUUAUUAUUAACCAAGCGUAAAUAUGUAUAAAUUUUGACCAAACCAAGCUAGACACUCGAAUACACCCUGUGUAUAUGAUUUUAAUGAAGAAGGGGAGGGGAUAAAAGUCCUUGAUGACUGGCAUUAGAAACUUAAAAGUGAGAUAUCUGUACAGCUCCACGAAAGACGGCCAGGUUAGUGAGUGCAGGUCAUUUGUCCACUCCGGUUUAGCUUGAUGAUGUUUGGCGUUAAUGCAGUGCCCAAAGGUAUUGCUAGCCCGAGCGUAGGACCUCUCUGCCCUCUCUCUGCCCUGCGAGCAACCUACUACUCUCUUUUUCGUUGUUGUUGUUACUCCGGGUCUCGUGUACUUGAGGAUGUGCUAAAUCGCUUUCCCUCUCUCUUCCCCCACUCAAAAAAAAAAAAAAGCAAAAAAAAAAAAAAGCUCUGCAUUUAUUCCAGCUGCGUUGCCCGCCUUGUUGUGUAAGAAGGCGGGGCUGUUGUCGCACAUCUGUAUGCUUCUGGGAAGGGUCUGUUCUAAACUGGACGGUCGCAAGCGUGACUCUUGCGGGAGUUUGGACUCUGCUGUUGGACACUACAGUUCCGCCGGCUUGGCUGCCGAGAACUCUUCCCAAUCUCCCCUUUACUGAGAAGGGCGGGCCCAUAAUAUGGAGUCCCCACCCCACCCCAAAAACCUCUCUCCACCCUUAAUUGUUCUCUUGAUGGCAAUCUGGUUUAAGAGAAAAGGAUGAGCACCUUUGAUUCUGUUGCCCGCAGUGUCUCAAGCGACCAUGCCUAGACACCCCCACCCCUCGAUGACACUAAAACCAGGCCAUGUUCCAGUGUGCAAAAGCGAAAGGGGAUAAGCAGCAUAUAAUGUACAGCCGACGUGUGAACCUUCGAAACCGCCAAAAAAAACAA